AUGACCGAACCGAAGACCAUUGCUAUCGUCGGUGCAACCGGCACUCAAGGCUCAUCAGUUGCCCGAACAUUUCUCACCCUCCCCAACUGGCAUGUCCGAUGCCUCACUCGAGACCCAACCUCCGAGAAAGCCCUCCAGCUUGCCAAACUGGGUGGCGAGCUAGUACAAGCAAAUCUCGAGGAUGAAGACUCUCUACGCCGAGCGUUCGACGGCGCACAUGCCAUCUUCCUCAACACUGAUUUCUGGCUACCAUAUCGCGCAGCCCUGGCUUCAGGCACUGACGCCCUGACCAGUGCCAAGGAAGGCUACGAAACGGAAACCACCCACGGGAAGAAUGCAGCCAAUGUCGCAGCGACUAUCCCCACCCUGGAGAGACUCAUCUACUCAGCCCUGGGUCCGAUGAAGGCUGCAUCUGGGGGCAAGUACGCGCUCUCUUAUCACUGGGAGACGAAAGCCUAUAUCGCCGAUUAUAUUGGGCAAAUACCCGAGUUGGCGAAGAAAGCAUCGUUCAUCUAUGUCGGUGCUUAUAUCUCUAACCCUUUCCUCUAUCCGAAGUACCAGCCGGAAAGCAAGGAGUUUGUCUCCGUUUUGCCGGCGAGAAAGUCAAUGCGCAUGCCCAUCAUCGAUACCGCGCACUCGACCGGUCCCUUUGUCAGGGCGUUGGUGGAAGAUGAGGCGCCUGGUAUGAAGUUGCUGGCGUACGACGACUAUCUCUCUGUUGAGGAGAUUACUGCUGUGUGGUCCAAAGCUCUUGGAAAGCCGGCUAAGGUAAUUGAAAUGGGUGUUCAAGAGAUGCAUGAGAAAACAGGAGUUCCUCUUGAGGUUCUGGGUGGCCCUGCAUUUAUUGAUGAAUUUGGUUACUGUGCUGGUCUAGAGAGUGUUGUUGAGCCUGCUCAGUUAAAGUCUCAUGUGCAAGGGAAAAAUUUUGAGGAAUGGCUCAAAGGCCAGGAUGUUAUGGAAUUGUUGGGAUUGAAGGAUUUGAAUCGAUGGGAUGGUUUGGUGCAGUAG